AUGCAGUGGAGCAUCCUUGAUGACGAAGACUUGAGCUCGCCGGUACCAUCACCUCAGCCUGCUCCUGAUACUUAUAUGGAAAUUGAUGAAGACCUAGCUCCCGGUGGCUCUGAGGAGAUGGAUGUUGAUCAGGACGGUGGUGAUGAUGUGCAUCAGCAAACUGCUAAUCGCAUUGUACCUCGCCAAGAUAGCCGCAGUGACGGUGGGCUUCGCGCUGUAUCGUGUCCACGACAAGUUCUCUCUGAAACAGACUCGCUACCAUUGCUCCCGCCAGCUUCGAGUGUGACUCGUACAACAAUCUUUAAUCCCGUUGUCGAGAGGGGGGAGGACAGUUGGUACCUGCUACUGGAUCAUUGCAAAGUGCGCAAAGACAUGAACCUGUUCCUGGUGGCACAUUAG